AUGUGUCCUACUUUUGAAGAAAGGAGUUUUUGUGAACAAGAUUCCCAAAUGGAUUUGUUGGCUGCUGGCUGCCAGUGUCAGAAACUUCUUGGAUCAAGUCCACAAUAUUUAGGUCAUUUUGGGUUGCAAGGAGUGCAUGAUAUGGCUGCUCAAGCAGGUCCUUAUGCAGCUCAACCCAGUUAUGUUGUCUAUCAUGGCAGUUCUCCCAUGGUAAGUCACCAGACAGGUGUAUCAACACAACCCCAGGCACAGUGGAUGCAAGCACCAACUCCUAUUCCUAACUGUCCACCAGGAUUAGAGUACCUUACAUUGAUUGACCAGUUACUUGUUCAUCAGGUUACUGAGCUUAUUGUAGUCUUAGUAGGAUAUAAGACCAAACACAAGUAUGAAGUAAAAAACGGCUUGGGCCAGAGAGUUUAUUACGCAGUUGAAGACAGCGAAUUGUAUAAUCGAAUAUGUUGUGGAUCUAAUAGUACAUUUAUCAUAAAGAUUUUGGAUAACGUAGGGCAAACCGUCAUGCACCUUGUGCGCCCUUUAGGAUGUGAAUCUUGUUGCUUACAUCAGAUGGAGGUUCAAGCACCACCAGGAAAAGCUAUUGGCUACAUUGUCCCAGAAUGGCAUCCUUUUAUACCCAAAAUAAGCAUCCUGAAUGAAAAUCGUGAAACAGUAUUGAAAAUUAGAGGUUCCUGCUUGGCAAUGAGUUGUUCUGGUGAUGUAAACUUUGAAGUUGAAAGCCCGGAUGAGGCCACUGUUGUUGGAAAGAUAUCGAAGCAAUGGUCAGGUCUUGUACGUGAAUACUUCGCAGAUACUGAUAAUUUUGGAAUUCAGUUUCCUAUAGAUUUGGAUGUUAAAAUUAAAGCUGUUCUCCUUGGAGCAAGCAUAUUUGUGGUGGCCAUUGAGACCAGUAUGGUAACUGGGGACUCCUUCACAAAUGGGGAAGAAAUGAGUACAAGAUCCAAAACAAAGGAUGGGAAAGAUUCUGAUGGGAACGGAGGAAAAAGAAAAGGUGACUCUAAACAAAUAGAGCUAUCCUACGAGACUACGAUGAAGUUUUUAGAGGAAAAAUUCGAUGAACGUCAAAACUUAUCUGAAAGCUUAUCUGAUAAAUUUGAACAACAACGUCAAAGCCUUAAUGAAGACUUAAAAUCAAUCAUGGAAUCUCUGAAAUCCUUGGAUUGUGAAGUCAAACAACAUCGAAGUAAAAUCUCUGAACUGGAUAUUAUAUCUCAGAAGACUGACUUAAAAAUCGAGAACUUGGAGCAGAAUUUAGCUUCGACCACUAAACAACUGGAACAUUUUAAAUCCAAGGUUAUUGAUCCUGAAAAUCGAUCUAGAAGACAGAACUUAAGUAUAAUUGGUCUCCCUGAGGAUGGAGACCCUUCAAUAUUCUUUGCUCAACUUUUAAAGGAUGCGUUUAGUUCAGUACUUCCCAACGAUCCUCCAUUGCUCGACCGCGCCCAUCGUAUACUGCGUCCAAAGUCGGCAUCCGCCGAAUCAAGACCGAGGCCAAUUAUUCUCCGUUUCCAUUAUGUUAGUGUUAAAGAACAACUUCUACGUAUUGCCUGCCAGCAAGGACUUUUUGAUAUCUUUUUCCAUCAGUAUCAACUCUCAUACUUUCUGAAGACUGUCCUUGGUUCUUCAGGAUUUUAUGUACUUUGA